AUGGUGGCUUUGCAAAGAAAGAGAAAAGAGGAUUCACCUCAAGCAAACGGAGCCAAAAGAACCAAAUCAGCAGCUACCUCAUCUUUUAUUUUACAUUCAUAUUCAAAGUUACCAGAUGUUAACGAAUUUAAGUCAGCAAAGACCCAACCUUUGGAUGUAUUUGUAUGGGGUACUGGAUCUAUGUGUGAAUUAGGUUUAGGGCCUAGUGCCAGUACCAAAGAGGUCAAGAGACCAAGAUUGAAUCCAUAUUUGACCAGUGAAAAAAUUGGUAACAAAGGUAUAGUUGAUUUUGCCGUUGGUGGUAUGCAUGUUUUAGCAUUAGACUCUGAUAAUGGGGUUUGGUCUUGGGGUACUAAUGAUAGUAAGGUUUUGGGUAGAGAUACUAGUGGAGCUAAAGAAGUUUUGAAAGAUAUGGAUCAAGAUGAAUCUGAAGAUGAAGAUGGUGAUUUGAAUGAAGCUGAAGCUACUCCAGGUUUAGUUGAAAAUUUACCCAAGUUGGCCGAUGACGUUAAAGUUGUUCAAUUGGCAGCCACUGAUAACUUGAGUGCUGUUUUAUAUAGUAAUGGGGAUGUUUAUGCUUGGGGUACCUUCCGUUGUAAUGAAGGUGAAUUAGGUUUUUUGAAAGAUAUUAAAAAACAAGUUACUCCAAAGAAAAUUACUCAAUUGCACAAUGUUGUUCAAUUGGUUGCUGGUAAAGAUCACUUAUUAGCUCUUGAUUCUAAAGGAAUUGUUUAUGCUUGGGGUAAUGGACAACAAUACCAAUUAGGUCGUCGUAUCUUAGAAAGACACCGUUUAAGCUCUUUAGAACCACAACAAUUUGGUUUGUAUAAUAUCAAAUAUAUUGCAAGUGGUGAUUUCCAUUGUUUCGCUAUUGAUCAUAACGAUAAAGUCUUUGCUUGGGGAUUAAAUCAAUUUGGUCAAUGUGCUUUAACUGAUUCAAAUGGGGAAUUAGAAGAUGGUUCUUUAAUAACUAAACCUACUCUUAUUCCUAGUUUAUCUGAUAGAAACAUUGUUGAAUUUGCAUGUGGUGAGCAUCAUACUUUAGCUUUAACUUCUGAUGGAAAUGUUUUAGCAUGGGGUCGUUAUGAUAUGAAAGAAAUUGGUAUUCCUAAAAAUGAAUUACCUGAAUCCACUUAUAAAGAUCAACAUGGUAAGGAAAGAUCUGUUCCAGUUCCAACCGUUAUUCACUUUGGUAAGAGAGAAAGUAAAGUUAAAGCUAAAGCUAUUGGUGCUGGUUCUCAUCAUUCUUUUGCCAUCACUGAUGAUGGUAUGGUCUAUGCAUGGGGUUUUGGUGAUACUUAUGCUCCAGGUUUAGGUCCAUUAGAUGGUGAUGUUGAAAAACCAACCAGAAUCGUUAAUACUGCCACCAAAUACCACGAUAUUCAACUCAUUGGUGCUGGUGGUCAAUUUUCUGUUAGUGGUGGUGUUAAAAUCACUGACGAAGAUAAAGCAGAAGACAGAUUAGAAAAAUAUGAAGAAAUUGAUGAAUAAUUCUUUUAAUUUCAGCUUUAGAUGCUUCGCCUUAAAUUAUAUAGAUUUAAAAAAAAAAAAUAUUUGUAAAUUAUAGUCUCUUAAUUUUAAUUUUUAAAAGUUCCAUUUUGUUUUAUUAUGUCAAUUUUUCCAUCUUUAAUG